AUGGAGAAAUCCAGAAGCAGUUCAAAAUAUAUGAAGAUGCAUGAAAUCCAAGAACUACCCAGGCGUCUGAUGCAUGCAACUGGGCAAUAUAUUGCUCCCCAGUCUGCCAGACAUCAAUUGCAGGGCAGAAGUCAUGACAGUCUGGAUCAAGUAGGGGAUACCUGGCAUCAAGGAAGAAGGUUGAAAGAAUUCCAAAUCAGAUAUCUAGCAAGGAAAUUCUUCUGUCUGUGGGCAAAAAAGACAUUUGGACAAGUUCUCCCUUCCAAAGCCAGAUGCUUUUAUGACCACAAGAUUCUUCAAAAAACUUUUGGAGAGUGGAAGGAGUGGCGGACAGCUUGCAGAGAAAGGAAGCUAGGCCUCAGAGCAGACAGCCAUUACAGGCAUGUACUCCAUAGUUUGAUAUUCAAGGCUUGGAAAGCCUACGUAUGCGAACAACAAGGAAAGAGGAAGAAAUAUGACGUUGCAGAGUCUCACGCAAAGAAGCAAAAAUUGCUCAGGACCUGGCAGCGCUGGCUGGUUUAUGUUGAUGUUCGAAGGACAAAACAUGGGAUGCAGGCUGUGGCACUGGCAUUCAGGGAAAGAAGCUGUUUGCGCAUUUCGUGGGCAGUGUGGAGAAGACAACACUACCAGAACUGCACUGGACACAAAAUGAAUGUUUUGGCUCUGCAGCACUGGGCCCAGAGCCUACAAUUUCGAGCUUGGUUGCAGUGGCGAGAGCUAUAUUUAUACAGCCAGAAUGAUAAGCAGAAGGAGAGUAGGGCAGUAACCCACCAUCAGCACUGGGAACUGAAGAGAUGCAUGGAAACGUGGCUGGGAUACUUAAACCUCCACAGAGCAAAGAAACAUCAGAAUGAGCUGGCCCAAGAGCAUCACCGAAGCAGGAUAGUCCGGCAGUGUUUCUCUGAUUGGCGGCUGUCAUGGGAAUGCAGGAGAAGAAUGCGUGCUCACCAAAAGGACGUUGAAAAACUAGCAGCAAGGAUUGCCUUAUGGAGAGUCUUUGCGCACUGGAAGCAUUAUGUUGUACUGUGUGUGGAAGAGACUCGACAGCGUGAGCUGGCUGAAAAGCACUACAAGCAUCAUCUUUUGAAACUUGGGUUUAAGGGUCUUUGGCAGAAUGUCAUAAACACUCAUCUUCAGCAAAUGAGAAAAAAUCUGUCAUACCGUCAUCAUCAAGUUACAGUGCUGCAGAAGUUUUGGAACCACUGGAAGUCCCGUUUGGAAGAGAAAGAGGAAGAACAGCAGCGGGCCUUAACAUCAGUGGCUCAUGCCCAUUAUAGGAGGGUGUUGAUGAGACGGGUAUUUGACACGUGGUUGCUGAAGGCAUGCAAGCAGCAAGAAUACCGGAUGGGAGAGGAGAGGGCUGUACUUCAUUUUGAAAGGCAACUGUUGCGUUGUUUCUGGCGCUUCUGGCGUAGAAGAACAUCUGUGCGUUUGGAGGAGCAGGAGGGCUUAGUUCAUGCAAGAGAUCACUACAGUAACCUGCUGCUGCUAAAGACUUUCUGUCUGUGGAAGCAAAAUACUCAGGACAGAAGAACAGAGAGGCUCAAGGAGAUGCAAGCCUUAAGAUUUCACCAUUCAAAGUGUCUGCAGCAGUCUUGGAACAAGUGGAGGGAGUAUGUGGGACAUCAACGUGAGAAAUGGAGGAAGUUGGUGCAAGCAGACAUGCACUAUCAGCACACAUUACUGGGCAAGAUCUUGGCAGCCUGGAAGAGUUACCAACAUAACAUACAGUGCAUUCUAUACCAAGUAGCUGAGAAGGAGAAAUGGCACACUAGACUGCUGCUGAGACAGCUUCUGUGUACAUGGAGAGAAAAUGCCCUUGCUCUUAUACAUGAAGCUAAGGCAACUACUCGGGCAGAUGAGCACUACAGGCGAGCAAUCCUGUCAAAGGUGUUGCUGCAGUGGAGAGACGCCGCCUCGCUACAAGUGCAUCGCCGUCAGCAGCAGAUGACAGCUGUGACAGAGGCCAGAAAACAUUUGGAUAUGGUCCAUUUGCAGACCCUGUUUCUUCACUGGAAGGAAUUAACUCGGGAGUCCCUAAUGCUGAGGGCUCAGCAGCGCAGGGCAGUACAGCACCACCGGCAGCACCUUCUCCAGAAGUACCUGGUGAGAUGGAAGAAGCAUCAUCAGCGGUGCCUUGGGAAAAUGCUACUACAGAGACAGGGAGACCAGCUAAUGACUCAUAGACUUUGCUCUGCUGCUUUCUCUUGCUGGAAGACACGGGUAUUUGGUGCUUGGCUCAGAUUUGCAAAGGGGCAACAGCAGAAGAAAGAUCGCAUUGAAAAAGCCACGGGAGUUUACUACGCUGCUCCUCUGAGAGAAGGUGUAACCCGGGUCCUGAGAAACACCGCUGGCACAAAACAGUUGCAGGGACAGCUCCAAGCCCAGCGCCAGCUAAAGGCAGCCUACAGCCUUCACCAGUCUGUGCGUCGUUGUGCCAUGCUGUGGAAACAGAAGGCUCUCUCCAAGAAAUUAAGUAAGCCUGGUUCUUUUCUGCCACCUCUGGAGAAGCAAGUGACAUUUAAAAUGCCUGGUGUUAGCCCUGAGACAAGAGGACAUUCAGCAGAGGAAGAGCCAUGGCCUUCACAAUGCAGUCAUCUACCGUGUCGUCUUGCUGAUGGGAACUCAGUUCCCAGGGAUCUAAAUACUAUUCGACGAGCGAGGUUACCACUGCGGAGGCCAAACUUCCUGCUGGAAUCUGUACAAAGCAAGGAACUGCUGGGAACUCCUUUUACUAGGUCAGAGGCACCCUCUGGGCAAACACCUGUGACCCAACCUUCUGCACAGGCUGGGAACUUAAUGCCAACACCCCGCACGGACGAAAGCACCUGUCAGAGUCUUUCUCACGUGGGCAAUACCGCUCCUUCCUGCCUGUCUCUCAGACACGCUGCCCUCCCGCCCGUACCGCUGUGGACACGUGAUGUGCGCCGUGCCGUUCAGAGGCUACAGCUAUGGUCUCCGUCAUCUUUCGUGCCUCCAAUGAACGCUGGAGCAGAAACGAGAGGAGGUCAGCUUGUCAGUGGUCACAAAGGAGCCCAUUCCCAAGAGCCUCAGUGGGACUCUCUGGAGAAGCUGCGACCAAACUUGCAGCCACGCCUGCUGUCACCUGAAGACUUGGCGGGAAAAUGGGGUCAUCAGGCUGCAGCUGAAAGGGAACAAAGGGAGCACAGUUCCAGAGAAGAAAUGGCAUUACAGAGAAAGCUGGAAGUUGAACUCCGACACAUCCAACAGCAGAUGCAGUACUACUUCAGCAGAAAGCAAGAACUCAAGUCCUGUCAGCAGCAGGCACAGAUUCUGCGGAAGUGGCUAGAAACGAGCACACAACCAGAGGCCCAAGCUGCUGUACGAGGAGUUCAGGAAGAACUGGAUCAGCUGCAGGCGAGGAUCAACACUCUCACCAGAGCACAACUGAGGGAGCGGCAGCAGGUGCAGAACCUGGUUGCGCGCCUGCGUGAUAUCCAGAUUGCUCUGGAUAUAUAA